AUGGCAGAUGAUGUCCCCCCAGGCCGCUCGGUCGACAUAGAGCUUGGUGGCCAAGAAGUUAUUACGAUCGACCUCGACAAUCUCGAUCCAAAUCCGGAGGACGUUCUCGAGCUGCUGAAAGAGGGCCUGGGGAAGAUAUGGGUGUGGUCCAAGCUCGCUGCAGAGUAUUGGAGAAGAGGUUAUUUGGACGCAGCUGAGCGCAUCGCUCAUGCUGUGGUAGACAAAUUUCAGUCUAGCGGUACAACUUCGAGCCUGCCCCCAAUAUAUAUGUUACUGGCGAACAUACAAAUUGCGCGCGCGCGGGAUGCUCCUAAAGUGCUGCUACUUGAUGCUCGUCAGGACAUCCUCACGAAUGAGAAGACGAAGGAAGCGUAUCAUAAAGAAGCCGCCCUGUUCAUCAACACUGCCGAGAGAUAUAGAAGUGAGAACCAGGACGAGGCUGAGGCGACAAACACGCUGUCUUUCUUGACUCGAGGCGUUCAGCAGCUCGCAACUCGGUCAAUUGACGAUGCCCUUCGAUCUUUUGAAAGCGUUCUCACCCAGCAGCCCAACAACCUGGUUGCACUGCUAGGAAAGGCGAGAAUUUUGUAUGCUCGGCGGCAAUACCCUGCGUCCUUGAAGAUAUUUCAGAAUGUUCUUCAACUAAACCCCAAUUGCAAGCCCGAUCCCCGAAUAGGCAUUGGCCUAUGUCUGUGGGCAAUGGACUACAAGUCUAAAGCCCGAGCUGCCUGGCAUCGAAGUCUUGAACUGCACAACCAGCAGAUUGCAGAAUUGGGCGAAGACGACGGUGAAGGAUGGCCCGCACAACUCCUUCUUGGACUAGAUGGAAUCAACUCCAGUAAAAACGAGCAGCAGCCGGAACAGGAACGAAAACGCUUAUUCGUCACCGGCACCAAGCUUGUUGAGACUGCCUUCCGAACCAACCGUAAAAGCGCUGCCGCUGCAAAUGCCCUUUGUGAAAUUGUCUUGCAAAAGGGUAACCACAAGCAGGCUCUUAAGUUGGCUGAAAGAACUGUGCAGUUUGCGGAUACGUUGACAGUGUUGACCGACGGCUAUCUGCGGGCUGCGAGAGUAUCUCAUGCCCAAGGUUCGCUGCCACUCGCAUUGAAAUAUUACAAAUCUGCGCUAGAUGGUCAGCCCAAGAACAUUGUUGGAUCAGUUGGCCAAGCUCAGCUACAGUUAAAGAAUGAUAACACCGCUGCCGCUAUUCAUACGUUGAAUACGCUUCUGCAAGCUCCGAAUCCCCAAAAGUCAGCCGAGGCCACCAUCAUGCUCGCAUCACUCCUUGCCCACCCUCGUCCAGGUGUCUCCAAAGAUGAGGCUGCGAAUGACCAAAUACGGGCCCGUGAUCUAUUCGACAGCGCUAUGAAAGGCUUCGAAAUAGAGGCAUCCCGCAAUGGCACCAUGACACGGUCCCACCGCAGUCUCGUCGACGAUACACACGUCCACGUCGAAGUAGCCCGACUGUGGCGAAAAGACAAUCUUGACCGUGUGAGCAAAGCGCUGCACGAAGCACUCAGAACGAGUGAACACGCCGCCAAAGGCACUGGCGGCGCCGCUAACGUCGAUCCCCGGUUAUUGAACAACAUUGGGGCGCUGCUGCAUAUUUCCAGCGAUUAUUCUGGCGCGAGGUCGAUGUACGAGAGGGCAUUGACCGCCAGCGCGACUUCGUCCGAAGUUGGCGAAGGUGCUUCCACCUCGAUCCUGUAUAACCUCGCCAGGGUGUACGAGGAUCAAGGCGAAGAAGACAUGGCCAGGGAUGCCUAUGAUAAACUACUAGCAAGGCAUCCUGAAUACGUAGACGCUAAAAUUCGGCAGGCUUACAUGCUAACAAACCUCAAUCGGAACAACGAAGCACUGGACCUUAUCAAGCAAGCCCUGUCGUCCCAAAGUGCCAACCUCGAACUCCGCGCCUUCUACACCUACUUCCUCAUACAGACCAAUCUCCCCAAGGUCGCUCGCGACUUCGUGUAUGCAACGCUGAAAGACCACGAUCGCCACGACGUCUACUCGCUAUGUGCCUCUGGGUGGAUAAUAUACAACCAAGCGCGAGAGAGCAGGGACACCAGCCACCAGGGUGCGGAAGACCGGCGGAAGAACUAUCUAAGAUCGGCCGAGUUCUACGAGAAGGCUCUGCAGAUGGAUCCGAUGUGCGCGUUCGCGGCGCAAGGGCUUGCUAUCGUAACUGCGGAAGAUGCGUUGGGACCGCCGACGCAGAUGUCGGGCGCUGAGGGGGUCAUGUAUCGGAUGAGGAACGCGCGCGAGGCGUUGGAUAUCUUCGCCAAGGUGCGCGAGUCCAUCAACGACGGGAGCGUGUAUCAAAAUAUGGGACAUUGCUACUAUGCCCGCGACGAAUUCGACCGCGCGAUCGAGAGUUACGAAACCGCAUCCGGUCGAUUCUACAAAGGGCAAAACAUAUCUGUGCUUCUUUGUCUCUGUCGUUCGUGGUAUGCCAAAGCGACGAAGGACCAAUCUUUCCCCGCGAUGAGCACAGCGCUACGUUACGCUCAACAGGCCCUCCAUCUUCAACCAAGCGACAAAGUCAUUCUCUACAACAUUGCUAUGAUACAGCAGAAGACUGCCGAACUCCUCUUUACCAUACCGCCGGCGAAGCGAACCCUCAAGGAUCUCAAGUGGGCAAUCGACCAAGCUGGGCAUGCGCAGAAGUUGUUCGCUUCGCUCUAUGCCGACCCAGCCCCCGUCGUGCCCUACAACCGCGACAUCGCCGACCAGCGGCGCAAAUACGGCGAGAGUCUGCUUCGCAAAGGCGGCGACCAGCUCGCCGCGCAAACGGACCACGAGUCGGAGACGCAGGCGAAGCUCGAUGCGGCGCGUACGAAGCGCCAGGAAGAGAAGGAACGGCAGGAGGCGAUCGAGCGUGUGCGUCUUGAGGAGAUACGGAGGGAGGCGGAGAAGCUGGCGGAGGAACGGCGCAUCGCUCGGGAGACGGCGCAAGAAUGGACGCGGGAGGUACGCAUGGAGAGCGACGAGGAGCGGGAGCGGAAGGCGAAGAAGCCACGCAAAGCCAAGGCGGAAGCGGGUGCAGGUGGCAGCGGGGACGAAGCGGGCGAGCCAAAGAAGAAGCGGCGCGGUAAGCUCAAGAAGGCGGCGGACGGGGAGGAGGAGCAAGCGGUGUUCAGCGACGAGGAGGAGAAUACCGAUCGACCGGUGAAAAAGCGGGGCUCCAAGAAGAGAGUCGUCAGGGACGACGAGGAUGAGGCUGCGAAUCCUCGCAAAAAGCAAUUUAAAAGCAAGGAAGUCCUUUCCGACACCGACGAAGAGAUGGCAUGA